AUGACCGGUAUAAGCAUGCCAAAUGGGGAACAAGAACUAGCUAAUCUUAGUUUAUUGUGUGGAAAAGUUUUCGGACAUGAAAAUUUUUUAACCAUAAUUGCUCGCAUAUCUAAAACAGCCAGUAACCAAGGAAAAUAUUUUGCUCCUUCUUGCGAUUUUGUAGUUUGCUAUGCCAAAAAUAAAUCCCAUAUAAGCACGAGUGAUUUUUAUGAUGAAGUAGAUGAGGAUCUUUACGCAAAAGAGGAUGAAAAAGGCAGAUACAGAGAUGAUAUUGCCUUGUUUCAGUCAAGUUUGGAAACACGAUUAAAUCUUAGAUAUUACAUUCAGUGUCCUGAUGGAUCAUUAGUUAUUCCACCUGGAAGUACUUUGCCCCAGCAAAAAAAAGAAGGAGUGCCGGUUUCAAUCUUCAAAGAAACUAAAAAAUCUCCUCUAUUAGACCAAGACGGAACUAGGUCUAAAUAUAACGUCUAUGUGAAAAGUUAUUUGGAGACAAGGAAAGAUAAAGGAGUUAAGCCAAGAAAUUUUUUAAUAGACAAGAAUUUUUUAAACAGGAGAGGAACCGAUUAUUUGAAAACGCUAGGAUUAGAUUUUCCUUACUCUAAGCCCAAAGAACUUAUUAUUCAUUUACUUGAAAAAGUUCAUCUUGCUAAGGAUGCGAUUGUUUUGGAUUUCUUUGCCGGUUCAGGUACUACCGGCGAAGCCGUUUUAGAACUUAAUCGAGAAGAAAAAAGCCAAAGGAAGUUUAUUCUUUGCACCAAUAACGAGGGACAAAUUGCCGAAGAAGUUUGUUAUCCGCGUUUGAGGAAAGUCAUUAAAGGCUAUGUCAAAAAAAAUAAGGCUGAUGAAAUGAUAAAAGGGCUUGAAGGUAACCUCCAAUACUUCCAAACUGACUUAAUUUCUGUUGAAAACUUGCUUAAUAUAAGUGAUGAAAAAAGACAUGAGCUAACCGAAAAAGCGGGAUGA